CGCACUAGCUGCGACAUCUAGUGACGACAUUUACCGGGCUUUAACGGUUGUUGCUGCAUGAAGUGCAAUUUCUCUGAGGACUGUGUGGCCAUGCAGCCUCCAGAGACUGUGCUUUUAAAAGCACCACGAACAUCGCUCUCUGCCAGACUCAGUGAUAAAUCAGUUCCUGUUACAGCUCAACGUUUCCAGUUCUCUAAGGUUUAUGGUCCAGACACAACGCAGAAGGAGAUAUUUGAUGGUACAGUGAAGAGCCUUGUCCAGCAUGUGCUUGAAGGACAGAAUUGUCUGGUGUUUACAUACGGUGUUACCAAUGCAGGGAAGACCUUCACCUUUUUAGGUCCAGAUAAUGAUCCAGGCAUCCUGCCUCGUUCCCUCAACAUGAUCUUUGGCAGUUUAGAGGGCCGCAUUUUUAACCAGAUGUGCCUGAAACCUCAAAGGUGCAGAGAUUUUAUCAGGCUGACCAAAAAACUGGAAAAUGAAGAAGAAAUCACCAAGCGUAAUCUACUUAAGCUCUUCAAAGAGGUACUGUAACAUGGAUAUAGACAUCAGAUUGCUCAGAGACAGUAGCUGUGUCUGAAAUAGUCCCAUUCCAGGGCUCGAAAUUGCGACCAUUUUGGUCGCAUAUGCGAUCGAAAUUUAAUUUGUGCGACUGCCCAUUUUGUUGUUACGCGAGUUGAUUGUGAUCCUGCGUGCUGGCGCUGUCCCAGGUUCAGUGUUCUCUCCAACGAUACAUAACCAAUCAAAUUUCACCACUAAGUUCUUGCGUUUAAUGAAGACCGCAGAUUGGCUAAUAUGAGCGUCAGUCAUUCCUUGUUGCCGUGAAGCGCGGAAAUGUGAAAAGACGAACGCGUCGCGAGCAUGACGAGAGCGAGCCGAUUACAGCCAAGGUUAUUACUGUAUUUUUUGACGACGAUCCGGAUUCAAAUGUAACUCCACCACCGGAAAAUACAAGUUGACGUUAAACCUUUCAGAGAGAGUGGCUUAAAGAUUACGAGUGUCUCCGCUAUGAAAAUGUAACUUACUGUGUUUACUGUAAAUCCUGUAAAACGGCGUUAAUGGCGGAAUCAAAACAUUUUAAGCGCCAGACGUACCUUGCUUAAACAUGGCGAAAGUGCCAAAAAAAUAAGACGUGUCAUGACAAAUGUGUUUAUUAUUGAUGGAGACACCGACCUGUCUGUCAAAGUGUGUUUGAUGGUGUAUGUGCGCAUGCGCUGGUGAAUCGACAUUCGACAAACAUCCUUGUGGUCCAUGUUGCUGUGGAAUACGACAAUGCUGAUGGUAUGUUUUUGUUGUUUUUUUAAAACAUUGCCUAUUUAGUAGUAAAAGCAUCCUGGUAAUGCAGUUAUCAAUACCAAUAUAUAUUAGCCUUCUAUAUUAGGGUCACUUUUGUAAUGUCACAAUUAAUCAGUGUUUUACGUGUUUGCUAGAUUUUCUAUGUAAUCUAAAUCAUGUUACCUGUAAUUGUUAAAUUAUUAUUGCUGCAAUACUAUUUCAUCAGCAUUUGGGUAUUAAUUUAGGAAUUUAUGCAGCUAAAAAUAAAAUAAAAUAAAAGACCAACUUUUAAAUGCUGGCCAUAGGACGUGUAAAGCCCGGUGGUGGUGUUUUAUUUUUAAUAAAAUAAAUCUAUUAACAUUUACAUUGUAGUUGUGGUACUUUUAAAUUUUUUGAUGGAUGCGCCUAAAUUUUUGCUGGUGCUCCUAACUCUUUAAAGUUAAAAAAGUUUAUUUUGAGCCCUGUGUUUAGGUCUCCUCCCAUAAUUAUCAUACCAGUUUGUGAACUAUCCAUUCUUCUUUGAAUAUCUUUUAAAAAGGCCAUAUUUGAACCCGGAGGUCUAUAAAUACUCAAAAGCGUAUACAUUUCCCCAAAUAAUUCACAUUUAAUUAUAAGAUAUCGACCAUAUGGAUCUGAGUACUGUGACACUAAUUUAAAGGGUAUUCGCUUAUUAAUCAAUAUCCCAACUCCUCUACUUCUGGAUGUAUAUACUGCCUCAAAAGCCUCCCCCACCCACCUUCUUUUCAAAUACUCUAUUUGGCCAGCUUUAAAAUGGAGUUCUUGUAGAAAAACUAUGUCAGCGGACAUUUUUUCCAAAUAAUAAAUAACUUUGUGUUUUUUUGAACCCUCCUGUAAUCCAUUUACAUUCCAAGUUACCACUUUAAAUGUGUUUAACUUAUCUUUUAUACUCCUUGUAUGCAUUUUUUAUAUUUUGAUUACUAAUUUAUAUAAUUUUAUUCCAUUUUUUAUAUAUAUAAAUGGAAUGAUGUAAAACAAACUAUAUAGCCCAACUUCUUCUGCAAAUUUAAUUCUGUUCAACAUUAGGACACACCUAAGGAAUUUAAACAAACACUCAUCCCUCCAAACCAACAUGUAACAUAUAAACACAUAACAUAUACCCUCUCCCUCCCCCUUGCCUCCUUCCCUUAGAAACAUGCUUUUUUAGAGCCUUAACUCCCAGUACCAUCUGACCUGGAAACAGUGACUUCCCAAUAAUUCGUAUAAUACCAUCCCCCUUUACAACCCAUAUUAAUAAUCAAAAUUCACCCCAAAAAAAGAGAAGAAAAAAAAGAAAAAUAAUAAUAAUACAUACAUGUGCAUACAUGCAGAUAAAAUAACAAUACUAAUAAUAAUAAUUAACAAUAAUAAUUAUAAAUACAAAUACCUAAUCACUGCUAUUAUUACAGACAAAUUCGAAUAAGUACUUUAUAGAGAUCUCACCGAAUUUAAGCCAUUUUCCAAAUAAAAAUAAAUUAACUAAUUAAUUAAAUAAACAACCAGUUUACAUCAAUUAUUUAAUUAUGGCAUAUUUUUUAUAU